AUGGCACAUGUUUUAGCCAAGACUGAUAAAAUUGAGCCACCACAUGAGAAGUUUGCUCAAGAUGAAAUCACUUUAAUUGGAGGAAAUAAAACGAGUUUUCCUGAUGUUGUUUCAAGAAAGCAAUUGCAAACCUCUGUCAACAUCCAGAAUAUAUCUCUCCAUUAUCAAGUACAAAGAAGAGUGGCUGCUAUGUUAACACCUUACAGAUCUUCUAAGAAUGUUUAUUGGAGCAUUCCAGAGACUGCUGCUGGUUCCAUAAUUUUUCCCAGUUGGCCUUCAGCUUCCAGGCGAAUUUUUGGGAAAGAAAGAAAACAAAUGGAAAGAUCAAGAAAACCAAAGGAAGAGCCAUUGGAAAUAAAAACAAUUUCUGUUGAUGACCCACUGAAAGGCAUUCUGAUUCUCUCCUCAGAGUUCUCCAAACCUUCACAUGCCCCUUCCCCAGUUAUCAGUCCCAAACUCAAAGAAGUUAGCCCUGAGUGUUGCACGGCCUAUACUUUUAAGCAUCCUCUGAUAGAUUUAAGUACAACAACGCCAAGUGCUAUUCCAAGAAUUAUGCCUGUUCCAGCAAAAAAAAAGUCUGACCACUUACAACAAAAUAUGAUGACGCUGCUAAGUAUUAGUCAUUUUUCUGGUACUGCUUUACUACCAGCACCAGUUUUACCAAGAAAACCCCAAAGACAGUCUGUAAUAGAAACUCAGAUAACAGAAAAUGAAAAUUCAGAAAGUGUUCCAAAGCAAGGCAUGCCAACCCCAUCUGAAGGUCAUAUUAAAUCUAGAAAACAAGAUGAAGCAAUGACAAACGUUAUACGUGGUGAAGGUUUUAAUAUUAUUGAUGUAACAAAAUAUGAAACAAUAGCAGCCAUGGCCAACCUGGCUGUGGUAAACUGUCAAAUACAUGGAAGAAAUGCUCUUAAUCUUAAGGGCUUUUUUAUCCUGAAUUGUCCAGACCUAACAUCUUUGGCUUCCCAAUUGAUAUAUCUUAACUUAUCAUUUAAUGAUAUCAGUUCCUUUCCCACAGAAAUAUUUUGUCUUAAAUAUUUAGAAAUACUGAUCCUGAGAAAUAAUCCUAUCAAUGAAAUCCCUUCUGAAAUUCAACAACUUAAGUUCCUUCGAGUUUUCAACAUUUCCUUUAAUUUGAUUAUGACUCUUCCUCCUGGGUUAUUUUCUUUGUCCCACCUUGAGGAACUUGAUAUUUCCUACAAUAGUAUUGCUUCUAUUCCACAAGAAAUCCAGAAACUCAGAUCACUUAAAAAAUUGGUUGUUGAUGGGAAUGACCUGACAUCUUUUCCAUCUGGAAUUUUGAAGCUUAACCUGAAAAAAAUCCUAUUUGAAAAUACUUUCACUCAUCCUUGUCUUUGGAAAGAGAAUUCUUUGAAUAGUCCACAGCGUCUUGUUCAACUUACUUCUUUGUUCUUUUUAAAAAAUAAUCUACAUACAUAUUAUGAUGUGAUCCCAGUGGAAAUUCAAAUGUUACUAAACUGCACAUCCAGAUGUGAAUGGUGUCAGGGUCCCAAGUUUGGUGAAGGUUACCACGUCAUCCAAUCCUGCAAUGUUUUUGGAGCAAUACACCUUCCUGUUAUGUUUCAUGUCUGUUCUUCUUCCUGCUAUAAUGAAGUGAUUGAAAAGAGUUUUGUUUAGGGUAGUAUUCCUUAUAAAAGAGUAGCUCUAAAUUCUGAGUUGAUAAGCAUACAAUGA